AUGUUUGCUUGCUGUCUCUUCCCUUACUGCUGUCACUGCCGCCGUCCUUGCUCUCUGUUGAUCUGGUUUGGUACUCUUGCCAAAGCCCACUUCGUCUCCCCCACUGUCCCCCGCGCACAUGACGUUGCGGGUUCUCCCGACAAGGAAUCGCUUUCGCCGAGAAUUUCCGACGUGGAGAUUCGGAGGCGACAAGCGACGGCGGCGGCGGCGACGACGAUGAUGAGAAGAGGAAUAGAAGACGGUGGAGAGAAGCUGGAGAAGAAGAGAGAUGGAGACGGAGAAGUCAAGCCACUUUUGUCAAACGCAGCCUCCGGGAACAUGGAGUCUGGAGUUUAUAGGGUAUAUAAUAAGGGGUUGCCCCUUUUCGCCAGCAUGCCACAGCCGAAGGAAGAAGCAGACAAGCAGACAAGAAGACAACAUGAACAUAGGAAGGACACAAGCAAUUCAUGCAAGGAAGGGGCUCCCUUACUCUGGACGACUAAGCGGAUGAUCCACGCUCUAUGUGAAUGA